CUAGCCCUGUGCCUAUCAUAAACACAGAUGACAUAAGCAUGAAGAAAUAACAGUGGAUGUAUAAUAAUAUAUAGCUGUAAUUGAACAGCUCUUCUCAAAGCUUCGGGAUGCAUGCGCUUAUGUUACUGAAAGGAACAGCGGCAGCUGUCGCUGCGAGGAGAAUUUGUCAUAUUUUGGGACCUGUGUUGUCAAAGGAAGGUUGGAGAUGCAGCUGUCAUGAGGUCAAACUCCUGAACACCUUCUCAGGUGACACAGUGAAGAUAGGCGAGAUCUCAUAUCACCUCAAAACCCCCAGAAAUCCAGAACUUGUGCCCGUAAAUCAUAUGAUGGAGGCUUUACCACAAACUAUCACCCAGCACCUUCGCUGGAUAAUGCAGAAGGACCUGCUUGGACAGGACAUGUUCCUCAUCGGCCCUCCUGGUCCUCUGCGGCGUUCGAUUGCAAUGCAGUACCUAGAAUUAACAAAGCGAGAAGUUGAAUAUGUUGCUCUGUCCAGAGACACUACUGAGACUGACCUCAAACAGCGCAGAGAGAUUCGCUCUGGGACAGCCUUUUACAUAGACCAGUGCGCUGUCCGAGCUGCAACCAAGGGUCGGAUUCUGGUGCUGGAGGGAUUGGAGAAGGCCGAGAGGAAUGUGUUGCCUGUUCUCAACAACCUGCUGGAGAAUCGAGAGAUGCAGCUGGAAGAUGGACGCUUUCUCAUGUCAGCACAGCGCUAUGAUAAACUGCUGGAGGAACACAAUAUAGAAGAGCUGGAUGCAUGGAAGAUAGUUCGGGUGAGUGAAGAUUUUCGGGUCAUUGCUCUCGGUCUUCCUGUUCCCCGAUACAAAGGAAACCCUCUGGAUCCGCCGCUCCGAUCUCGCUUUCAGGCCAGAGACAUCUACUAUCUUCCAUUCAAGGACCAGCUUGAGCAUCUGUAUAGAAUUGGACCAAAUGUGCCAGCUGAAAGGGUGUCUCAGCUCUUGUCUUUUGCCACUACACUUUGCUCUCAAGAGUCUGCCAGCUUAAGCCUGCCUGACUUCCCUAUGGACAAUCUCCCAUCUGCACUCACAGUUCUGAACCUGUUCCCCAUGCUGUCAGCACAGCAGCUGGUCCAGAGGCUUUACCCGUACGAGGCCAUGCUGGGAAAGGAGGGCCGCACAGCAGUGGAGGGGGUACUAAGUAGGUUUGAGUUGAAUGAUGGUAGCAAGAAAAGUUCUCCGACUGCAGUGGUGAACAUUGAGCCUGUUAGUGGAGAUCACCCAGGACAGGCAGCUGUCACCCUGAGCAUUGCUGACAACAACAUCACCUUUCAGGUUCCUUCAGGAACCCGGCCGAUUCGUCCACCCAACAGCAGCCCGGCGUUCAUUGGCACCCCCACCCAUGACCGUCUGCUGGCUGAGAUGAUGCAGUCCCACCUCGUCAAAGACAUUUGUCUGAUCGGAGCCAAGGGUUGUGGCAAGUCUGUGAUUGCAAGAGAGUUUGCUGAAAUGCUGGGCUACAGCACUGAACCAAUUAUGCUUUAUCAGGACAUGACAGCUCGGGACCUCCUCCAGCAGCGGUACACCCUACCUAAUGGAGACACAGCCUGGAGGGCUUCCCCACUAGUCACUGCCGCUCUGGAGGGAAAGCUGGUGCUGCUGGACGGCAUCCACCGUGUCAACCUGGGCACUUUAGCUGUGCUAUCCAGGUUGCUGCAUGACAGAGAGUUGGCUCUGUAUGACGGGACUCGACUACUGAGGUGGGACCGUUACCAAACUCUAAAAGAGGAACUACAGCUCACUGACCAGCAGCUACAGGACAGAUCAAUUUUCCCCAUCCAUCCAUCUUUCCGAAUCAUCGCUCUAGCAGAGCCCCCACAGGUCGGCAGCAACACACAGCAGUGGCUCGGCCCAGAGAUUCUCACAAUGUUCCUCUUUCACACCAUCAAGCCACUGGCCAAGGCUGAGGAGACAGCCGUUCUCCAGGGAAUGAUCCAAAAUGUUCCUAAUGAGGUAGUGGAGCAGCUGCUGCACUUGACUCACAGCCUGAGAAAAUCCAAUGAUCCAACGGCCCUGUCCCUUGCAUCUUCAUUAUCCACAAGGCAGCUGUUGAGAAUCUGUCGCCGUCUUUCUCAAUAUCCACAGGAGAGUGUUGCUCAUGCUGUCAGUAAAGCUUGUCUGUCCAGGUUCCUCCCCAGCCUGGCUCGUUCAUCUCUUCAGAAAAGUCUGGUGAACUUCUCAAAGGAGGAGCAGCCUGACCCAGCAACAGAACAGAACCACCAAUACACUUGUACUGUAAAAGAUGGACUUUUAACCAUAGGGAACGUCUCGGCUCCUGUGUACAGUCCUGAUGAGAAGAUGAAGGUCCCAGAUGUGCUCUUUUAUGAGAAUAUUCAGCACAUGAUGGUGAUGCAGGACAUGCUGAAGGACUUCCUGUUGGGGGAACACCUGCUUCUGGUGGGGAACCAGGGUGUUGGGAAAAACAAGAUUGUUGAUCGAUUCUUGCAUCUCAUGAACAGACCAAGAGAAUAUCUUCAGCUACAUAGAGAUACUACAGUCCAGACAUUAACCCUGCAGCCCUCUGUGAGAGAUGGAAUCAUUGUUUAUGAAGACUCUCCAUUGGUUAAAGCUGUGAAGAUUGGACACAUCCUUGUUAUAGACGAAGCUGACAAAGCUCCCACAAAUGUGACUUGUAUUCUGAAGACCUUGGUGGAGAGUGGAGAGAUGAUCCUGGCUGAUGGAAGGAGAAUAGUGUCAGAUCUAUUGGAAGCAGCUGGAAGGCCUAAUUCCAUUCCAAUGCAUCCAGACUUUCGCAUGAUUAUUUUAGCUAACCGACCUGGUUUUCCUUUUUUGGGAAAUGACUUCUUUGGAGCACUUGGGGACAUAUUUAGCUGCCAUGCAGUGGACAAUCCCAAGCCUCAGCAGGAGUUUGCCAUGCUGAAGCAAUAUGGGCCAGACGUUCCCGAUGCUGUUCUCCAGAAACUUGUGGCUGCGUUCGGAGAGCUCCGGGCCAUGGCGGACCAAGGAACCAUUACAUACCCAUACUCUACACGGGAGGUGGUCAACAUUAUCAAACACCUGCAGAAAUUUCCAGACGAGGGGCUGGCCAACGUGGUGAGGAAUGUGUUUGACUUUGACUCCUAUAACAGGGAUAUGCAAGAGGUUCUGAUCGCCGCUCUGCACAAGCACGGUAUUCCGAUUGGAGCCAAACCCACCAAUGUGCACCUGGUCAAGGAGUUGCCAUUGCCAGACUGUAAGAUGGCAGGGUACUGGACCAUCAAUCAGGGUGGAAACGCACACCGUAAACUGCUUUGUCCAAUCCCAUCGCAUAGUAAUGAUGCUCAGGGCCCAGUGUUUCUGUGAGUUCAGAGUUAUCCCUCUAAGAGACACAAGUCCAGAUUUAUGAGCUUCACUGAGGAACAAGCUCACUGGCAGAUCCCCAUGAACGAGGUUGACAUCGUUUGUGAUGUCAUCUCUGCUAACGGUUCAAUUUAUGUUGCCACAUGUAAUGCCAUAUGUAUGAAGGAGAGAGACUCAGUACAGUGCAUUGAGCUCUAUGACAUCUUCACUCGUACCAUCAGUGGAGUGUGGCAGCCCUUCGUCUCUGUGGCAGCACUGGGCAUCCUGCUGCAGGACCAGGUGGUGCUGCACGAAGAACAGGGUAACACAGUUCUGCAUCUAGACCUGGUUACUGGAGCUGUCAAGAGACUUGUUCUGUCUCAGGACAAACAGGAGGAACCAGUGCGCAAGACUUCAAACUGGUGGAGCAACAAAGAGCGUCCACGAGGAUACAAAAUGUGCAAGGAGUUUGCCCACAAGAACUGUCUUCUCUUCUACAAGGAAAACUGCAGUCAGCUGGAUGUUGUUGAUGUUCUUGUGGGUCAAGUUCACACCAUCUGCCUCCCCAUCAACCUCAAAGCUGUGUUCCUGGUGGCUGAAGACCGCUGGUUGCUUAUUGAGAGCAAGACUGACAGGAAGUUCCUGUGGACAAAGCCAGUGCUCAUGGGCUCAGAGGACACGGGAGUGUGCCAACUGCACACCAUCAGUGAAGGUGCUGUGUACACUGGUUUUGGCACCAGUUCAGGGAUGGAAGCCACUGCUCCUCAGGAGGUCGCAAGUGAGCAGCUGCCCAAUGAGAACCUGAGUUCUGCCCUGGGACAGAAAAUCGUCUCUCCCGACCGCAUCCUCUGCGAUACAAACACCUAUGCUAAUGUUUUUGUGCGCUUCCCAGAUCUCAUAUCCCCAAAUGAAGAGUACACCUUUAAGAGACAGUCACCCAUAACAGAGGGGCGGGGACCUGAUAUGUUUUUUGGGUCAAGUAAACGAACAGGGCCUGCAAAAAGAGUCAAUUGUGUCUGCCUAUUAAGUGCCAAUCAAGUGGUCCGAGCACUGCCCCCAACACAAGUACCGCUUUCUAAAAUGCACCCAAAAGGUAAAACACCACCCAUGACUGCUGCUUACCUGGAAGUGACUGACCUGAAUUCUAGAAUGCUCAAAUACAUUCCAGUCCCAAGGAGCGGCUCCAUGUCUCCUCACACUGUGUGGAUAUCAAAGGUGUCAGACACAGAUGUAGUGAUGGCUCCUCUGGGCUCUGGUGGGGUGGUGACUGUGGAUAUGGGAGGUUACGUCAGGCUGUGGGAAACAGGACUUGACAACCUGCAGCGCUCUUUGCUGGAGUGGAGGAACAUGAUCGGAGCAGAGAAUGGCAGGCCUGUACAGAUAACCAUUCAGAAAGACAGUGGGCUAGAAGUCAGCUCCCCGAAACAUGGCAAGAUUGACCCUAAAAACGCCCCUCAUGUAGGGGGGAACCAGUGGGCUGGGGGCACAGGUGGCAGAUAUACGGCAGGUCUUGUGGGGAAGGGAGGCCCAUACCGUCUAGACGGCGGACACAAAGUUUACCAGAUCUCCCAAGCAGAGAAAGACGGCGUACCCGACGAGGUGAAGAGAGCGUCACGGGAGAUGGCGGAGAAAGCUUUCAAGCAGAGGCUCAAGGAGAUUGAGAUGAGUGAGUAUGAUGCCUCCACUUUCUCAGGAGCGGUC